UCAAACGAAAGAGUGCGACGUUAUCCAAUCAGACACAAGCAGCAGCCGAAAGCUAUGCAACAUGGCGCACUAAAGAUGGCUACUGCACCCUAUGUGAUGAUGGACGCCUGACAAGGAGCUACUUCUAAAAUAACAUUACUUCGACGGAGGCGGCUCCAUGUAUAUUAUGCUGAGCACCACAGGAGGAACAACUGAUCCACCCAAAAAAUAGCUGGAUUGCGUUUGCUGGCUUCUUUCAAGGCUGUCUCAUUCUGCCUCCAAAUUCAUCACGCAUCUGCAGGCUGACAGUGAGAGCUCUUAUUGUCCAAAUUUGGAUUUGGCAUGCACUGACGGGAAUCUGUCAGGUGGUGUUGACUGGUGAAGAAGUAGAGCAUGAGGAGUGUUUGCUGUUCCCAUGGAAUCAAAGGAUAUGAAACAGGAGGACGAUCCCGUUGCUUUGGGCUUGUUGACUCACCAGGCUCUGGGGAAGCUUAGGGAUCAGCUUAGCAGCCUACUGGACCAGCACCAGAAGAUAACAUACCGGCGGGCCUCUACACAGGAACAGUGGGUGAAUAGUUUCCUUUACCAUGGUAACCGCCACUCCUGUCUCCACUGGUCGGGAGCUGCUCUCACUGUGCUGGUGGCAUUUGGACUCUUGUGUUGCUAUGGCAGUCAACCAGAGGGCAGUUCUGGUAAUGAGGUGGUGAAUGCUGCUGCCCUCCUCAUCCUUUUGUUGUUGAAUCUGAUGCUGGUCAGAAGACAGGAGAAGCUCAAAAGGAAUGAGAUGGUUCGGCGUCUCAAAGGCAUCAUCACACAGCUCAGUGAUUAUCUUUCCGGUUGGCUCGGCGAAGUGCGGUGGCUGCCAUGUCUUUACCCCGAUCUCUACACGCCCUCCUCCCCGUCGUGGUCCCUUCACUGGACAUACCGUGACUCCCAGUUGGUCAAUCUGCCUGUCAGUCUGCUUGUGGAAGGAGAUAUAAUUGCUCUCAGACCUGGGCAAGAAGCAUUUGCAUCUCUCAGAGGAAUAAAGGAUGAUGAACACAUUGUUUUGGAACCAGGAGAUUUGUUUCCUCCAUCUUCUCCAUCUCCUGCACGAGCAAAUGAGAAAAUAGGACCCCAGAGCCCACAACAUCAUCGUCUCUUCAGAGUUGUCAGGACUCCGGUUAUAGACGUAGUCAGGAGUAGUUUGGAGUUUGCAGGAUCCCGGCCAAUUACAGUGCUGGACAAUGAGAGGUUUACGGUGCAGUCCGUCAUCACCAAGCUUGUCUGUCCUGUUGUGCUGGUAACGUUCCUGCUGGUAAACUCCAUACGCUACUUUUGUGACGCGCCCAACCUCACCCCCAACAGCUACAAUUUUUUGCAACUUCAGUUGAUGGGUGUUCUGCCUGUCUUACCACUGCUAUUCCCCGUCAUGUGGGUUCUGGUCAACGCAUUUGGAGAGGCGAGGGUCCUUGCUGAGUUCAGCCAUGUAUCUCCGGCGGGAUUGCUUGCUAAAUUCUCUGAGGACACUCUAAGCAGCUACACUGAAGUGGUUUCCUCGCAGGAGAUGAUGCUUUGUGUGUGGAGACACUUCGUUGGUGUCCUGAAGGGAGAGUCUCAGACUCUCUGCUACACCUCCAGCCUCUUACACACACUUGGCUCUGUCACUGUAUUGUGUUGUGUGGACAAACAGGGUAUCCUGUCCUGGCCUAAUCCAAGCCCUGAUACAGUGCUGUUCUUCAGCGGAAGAGUCGAACCACCUCACAAUAGCCAGGAGGAUCUAAUAGAUGGCCUGUCAGUGAACUCCUACUGCAAAGUGGAGACUGAUGAAGACCGGGAUGAGACCCAGGAGGUGGAAAGUCUUGUCCCUCUACCAGAGGAGCCCACCACCCAACUUGGAGAAAUACCUGAGCCCAGUGAGACAUUGCACGAUAUGGCUCAUUCAACAGACACACUAAUGCACUGGCGGUCCAGCCAACCUAUAAAUACUCGCACCAAACACAACUCUGGAUCCAGUGUGAGCUUCAGUCGCAAUACAGAGGGAGGCGAGGAACAAGCCCAGGAAUUUCCGAUGGUUUACCGAGAAUCUGAGGCAGACGAUUAUAUGUGCGACCAUCAACUGGAAAUGUUGAGUCUGUCACAAGACCAGCAAAAUCCAGCAAGUAUUCAGUUUGAUGACCUCUCGUGGCAGUGUCACUUGCCUUCGCUGAAGCCACUGGGCCUCAACAUAAUGCUGAACCUCUGCAACAACAAUGUCACACAGCAGCUCUGCCGCUUCUCUGAUCAUUUGUCUAACUUGGCACUGCAAGAGAGCCAUGGCAGUGUGCAACCUGUUUAUGUUCCUUGGGGGCUCGGUGAGCUCUCCAGGCUCAUAGGGUUCACUCCUGGUGCAAGGGAGAUGUUUAAACAGGAGAGCCACUUGGCUCUUUACCAACUGCCGACUGGAGAUAUUGCAAAAGACGUACCGACGCGCCGGUUGCAUUACUUCACUAAACGACAGCCCCCUAUCUCUCAUCUGAUCUCCCUGUUUGCACGAGACACUUCCUCAGAAAGUGUCCAGAUGCUGUCACAUGGCUCAGCUGACAUUAUCUUGGAGGCCUGCACUGACUUUUGGGAUGGUGCUGAUAUUUAUCCCCUUUUAGGCUCUGACAGAAAAAAGAUUCUGGACUUCUACCAACGUGCCUGUCUGUCGGGUUACUGCUCAGCCUUUGCCUAUAAACCCAUGCAAGGUCCAUUGUCCAGUCAGUUAAAUGGCAAGUGUUUGGAGUUGGCAUCUGGGCCCUGCCUAUUCUCAGGACUGGAGCUGUCCUUAACCACCCCUAACAAGCACCCUUCCUGGAGGAACAGUUGGAGCUCAGACGAGGGUAUAGGUGAAGGAAUGGAAUGUGACAAUGGUGUGCAAGCCCUAAGUGGACAGAUCUUCAUGGGCAUGGUUUCAUCCCAGUUCCAGGCCCGACUGGACACAGUCCGACUCAUUGAUGCACUGAUCACGGCAUGCAUUCGAUUUGUUUACUUUUCCAUGGAGGACGAACUCCGUAGCAAGGUUUUUGCAGAAAAGAUGGGUUUAGAGACAGGUUGGAACUGUCAUAUCUCACUGACUUCAAAUGGAGAUGGUCCAUGUGAAGGAGUUCCCUCCAGCCCCUGUCAUGGCUCCGUCCAUGAAGACCUGAACCAAGAUUCUCGAGAUGAAGCAGAAGGUCCACUGCUGUCAGAGGAGGAGGUUCAUUCAGACUUGGCAAGUUUCCAGCCCACAGACAGUGACGUUCCCAGCUUUCUGGAAGACUGCAACCGGGCAAAGCUUCCGCGUGGCAUUCACCAGGUUCGACCUCAUUUGACGAACAUAGACAACGUGCCUCUGUUGGUGCCACUCUUCACUGACUGCACCCCUGACACAAUGUGUGAGAUGAUAAAGAUCAUGCAGGAGAACAGGGAGGUCACAUGCUGUUUGGGAAGUGCCUCCAAUUUCCGCAACAGUCGCCUUUUUCUGCAGAGUGACCUCAGCAUCGCUCUGGAUCCGCUUUACCCAUCCCAGUGUUCAUGGGAGAUGUUCAGUUAUGCCACCAGAGGUGCGUUCAGCAGGAGCACCGAAGGUCUGUCUCCUCUGAGGCUCUCAGGGCAACUCAAUAGUCUUGGCUGCUCUGUGACCUUUCACCAAGGAGAGAGUGUCAGCAUGACCAAGCUCAUAGAGCAGGCACGUCACACAACAUACGGCAUUCGCAAGUGCUUCCUUUUUCUGCUGCAGUGCCAACUCAGUCUGGUCAUCAUACAGUUUUUAGCCUGUUUAGCUCAGCUCCCUCCUCCAAUGAACACCACGGACAUCCUCUGGCUCUCAUGCUUCAGCUGUCCGCUGCUAAGCUUGUCACUUCUGGGAAAGCCUUCAGAUAGUUCAGUAAUGACUGUUGCUACCGGGAAGAAUCUCGAUGCCAUUCCAAAGAAGACUCAAAACUACUUUCUUGGCUGCUUUGUUUUGAAGUUUGGCUUGACAGUGUGUGCCUAUUUGUUGGCCUUUGGAUUCACACUGCAAGAGGUCUGUCUCAGAAGCACAAACUUAACCACGUUUGAAAACGCGACUGGAAAUUGCCUGCAUAUACUCACAGCCAGCUCUUCAGACCAUGCUCCUCGUUGGUUCAGUGAAUUGUCUAAUGGCCUGCUGCUGACACAGAAGGUCAUGACUGGGUUCCUGGUCUUACAUACAGUGGUGAUCUCACUCAGCUAUGUCCACCGUUCUCAGUCUCUGUGGCGAAAGAGUCCUUUCAGCAAUCCCUGGUGGUGUCUCGCUGUGCCUGUGGUUCUGCUCAGUGAGAUUGUGCAGGCCACUGUGGAUUACCAGUUGUGGCGUGACCAGCACAGCCUCCUGGACUUCGGUCUGGCUGACAUACCUCUGCUCAGCUGGCUCCUGGUCUCUCUGUCCCUCCUGCUGGUGGUGGCGGUCAAUGAGGUGGUAAAGCUACAUGAGAUAAGGGUGCGGGUUCGCUAUCAGAAGAGACAGAAGCUGCAGUUUGAAACAAAGCUCGGAAUGAACUCUCCAUUCUGACGAAUGACUUUUAAGAAUUGGACCACUGGUUCUACUCAAAUCCGUGAAUAGCCAAAGAAGGGAAUUUACCACUUGUUAGUAAUAUAGUCACGCAAACUAUGUCGCUGCAGACAUCGAAAAGUGUGCUUUUAGGCUUCAAAUCAAAAUGUUUAAACGGGGGUGUUUUUUCUAUUUUGCUCAGAAUCCCGGCAGCAUAUUCGAACAAUAUGUGAGGGGAUAAAGGUUUGUCGUCUGAUUUGAAUUGUUUUUAAAAACAUAGACACUUUGUCUUUUGUGGUAGACGUGAAUUCCACUGCGAACUCUUUUGUCCUUCGGAAUUCUGAGAUGACGCUGUGCUAUUAUUGAUAGCCAGUCAAAGUGUUGCACAUCAGCUGAUCAAUUCGAGACAGCAUUUGUGAUAGUCAGCCACACAAACUAUCGUGAGUAUGACAUGCAAUGAUAAUUAAAUCUACAAUCGGCAAUGAACAGGCCCUGGCAACCGUUGUUUAUAUCGCAUGCUCUAAAUCAGGGAUGGGCAACUGGUGGGCCGCAUGUGGCCAGCACCCACACUCAAGGUGGCCCACAAUUCUAAGUCGUCCACCAUACCUGAUCAAUUUUGACUUGUAAUAAGUCGGGUGGAACGGUAUAUGUCCCAAACCGUUAUCACAGUGCUGUGCAUGCAGUCACGCGCCGAAUAGGCCUGAGUUCAUUGCAGUACCGCGCUCCAAAUCAGGUGGCGGUAAUGCACCUUCAACUGUUUGCCAACCGCCGUUAAACAAAGCACAAGGAGAAGAAAAGUUGCCGUCACACCCAUAGAUAUCAUAGAACACUCGAUGGACUUUGACAGCGAUUUGGAGCGACGUGCAGAGUGGCCGCCAUCUUGAACCGGGCCCCUCAAACCAAAACAAGACACAAAUAUUUAGAAUGAGUAUUACAAGGUAUAUUUCCAUGCUGCUGCUUACAUAGCUUGUGUUUGUUGAAACUGACCACACUAUGUUAUGAACACACACACACACACACACACUGCAGACAUGCUGAUAACAUUCAGGCUAGGAACAGACAACAACUGUUGGCAAUUGGUGUCGGAGAGGAGGAUGCAGGAGAUAGGCUCACAUGGAAAAGGAUGACACGCUGUGGCGACCCCCUAACGGAAAAAGCCGAAAGGAAAAAGAGAAGAUUUUAUUGAUUUUGUCAUAGCUCUAUUUAGGGACAAGAUCACCAACCAAACAUUAAAAGAACCGCUGAGAAGGAAUUCCUCCCAGGACGGUUUUUUCCCUUCUCGAGGCCGGCUGGGCAGCUCCCAGGCCUCGUUUAUGAAUUACAGUAUCAACAACAGCAGGUUACAAAUUUACAAUGUAAGAUCAGUGAUCAAAAUCCAGAUAGUUACAACCCUAAUACUUAGAACAGAGACAUCCACUUUCAGAUACUCUUCAGCUUUCAUGAAGCCUGACUCAAAUAGCAAUAAGAAUGAAAUGAGAUUGAAAUUAAAUGUUGAUUUCCAUUAGGAUCAUAUGCAUCUAAAAAUGCACAUUGUAUGCAUAUUAUAGUAAUACACCUACUCUUGGUGGAGAUGAGCCAGGAGGCUGAAAGCAGAGUGUACGGCUCCAGUUUUAAGUUGGACGGUUUGGACGGUCAAAAUGUUCACUGCACACCACUGAGUGGUCACUGGUUACAAAGUUUUUCUCUUCUGAGGGCAAUUUUCAAUUUCUCUUGGAAAUCUAGUUGAAAACAUUUUAAAAGUAGGCAGCCAUUAAAUGUUUACUAUAUAAUACCAUAUUUCACGGACCAGAAGUGGCUCCGGACUACAAAAUCCGCAGGGCCGGCCCAACCAUGGAAAAAGUGCGACUGGGCACAUGCGAGCUCCGCGAACGAAGACGAGACGUAUUUCAACAGCGGCUGUGCAACCCCCUAAAUCAUUGGAGAAAUCCAUUCAUUGAACGCAUUAUCAUCAUCAUCAUCAUCAUCAUCAUUCUUAUUUAAUACUGUGUCGCAUUUUAACCCCACUUUAUUCAGCCGUCUUGCUAUUUUUUUUUUGUUUUUGUUUUUGAGGACCCCAUCGUAACUGCCUUUAACCCCUGAUACGUUCGCCUCAUCAGAAUCGAUAUCACUCCGUCAAUACAAUUCCAUUAUAAUAGAUCCAUACAAACAGGCAUCAAUGUCAAAAUAAAUCUUCUUAAAGUAAAUUUCCCAAACUCUCGAUCUCACUCCAAAUCACUAAAUCCAUUGAACUUCUUUCUCCUCUGGGUCACUUGUGAGCAAAUCUGCCAACUGCGGAAGUAGACGGUACUCCCUCUUCUGCACGCCUGUCGUCAACUUUCUUUCUGCUGCUCGAUUAUCGUUUUCAGCUGCAUAUUUCACGACUUACAGUUUGUAAUCUCCAGAUUAUGAUUUUCUUUAUGGGGGCAUUUAUAGUCAGUCUUUUUUAGUUGUCUUUUUUUUGUUGUUUUUUUUUUCAUCUUUAUAAGUUGUUACAAAGUCCGCAUCACUGCAGACGCUGCACCGAUCCGCCUGUCGAUCUCCGUUCCAUUCUGCCCUCACUCGUGAAUAAGACCCCGAGAUAUUUGAACUCCUCCACUUGGAGAGGGCACUCCACCCUUUUCCGACUUAGGACCACGGUCUCAGAUUUGGAGGUGCUGAUUCUCAUCCCAGCCGACACCCUUAUGCUUGAACAUGGUGUUCGGUAUGGACAAUCCAUGGUAAACACAGAAGUCCAAUAACAGAACACCCCUCGGGUUCUGAUCGGGGGGGGGGGGGGGGGGCAUUCCUCCCAAUCACAGCCUUCCAGGUCUCACUGUCAUUGCCCACGUGAGCAUCGAAGUCCCCCAACAGAACGAUGCAGUCCCCAGCGGGAGCGCUCCCUCCAAGGACUCCAAAAAGGGUACUCUGAACUGCUGUUUGGUGCAUAGGCACAAACAACAGUCAGGACCCGUCCCCCCACCCGAAGGCGGAGGGAGGCUACCCUCUCGUCCACCGGGGUGAACCCCAAUAUAUAGGCGCCGAGCCGAGGGGCAAUAAAUAUACCCACACCUGCACGGCGCCUCUCACCGUGGGCAACUCCGGAGUGGAAGAGAGUCCAACCCCUCUCGAGAGGACUGGUACCAGAGCCCAAGCGGUGUGUGGAGGCGAGUCCGACUAUAUCUAGUCAGAACCUCUCAACCUCACACACCGGCUCGGGCUCCUUCCCUGCCAGAGAGGUGACGUUCCACGUCCCUAGAGCCAGCUUCUGUAGCCGGGGAUCGUAUCACCAAGGUCCCUGUCUUCGGUCACCACCCAGCUCACAAUGCACCCAACCCCUAUGGUGGUGAGCCCAUGGGAAGGGGGACCCACGUUACCCUUUCAGGCUGUGCCCGGCCGGGCCGGUCACCAGGCACUUGCCUUCGAGCCCCACCUCCAGGCCUGGCUCCAGGGCGGGGCACCAGUGACCAGGCAAGGGAAAACGCGAUCCAAUAAUUUUUCUCAUCAUAUGGGUUUUUUGGAGCCAUGCUUUUUCUCGUCCCUCACCUAGGACCUGUUUGUCAUGGGUGACCCUGCCAGGGGCAUAAAACCCCAGACAACUAAGCUCCUAGGAUCAUUGGGACACACUAACCACGAUAAGGUGACGGCUCAAGGAGGGUUUACAUUUUCAGUGGGAGGAGUAAUCGGAGUAGUAUACUGGCACACAAGCCUACAGUGCCCUCUCACGGCUGUCAUUGUGAAAAUAAGGAAUGUGAAAAUGCGGGAAUCACCGCAGAUACUCGAACUGGCUGUAAGAAACCUAUAAUUAAAAGCAUAAACCCCGGAAACACUGCGUUGAGGAGACCUCCAAAACCGAUACCAACCGCGCGGCUGGUUGUGACAACUCUGACUGUGAUGAAAAGGCUACCGGAGCUGACCUAACACCAGAGGUUGACGCUGAGAACUUGGUCAACAAUAACGUUGAGCUGGGUGAGACUUACUUUACUUCUCCGGAACACCGCGGCAUGCGAGAAGACAACCAUCAGCCUGCAGCCUCGCAACACAACUGGCCUGUCUACAACCGCAUCCUCACACGAUGUUGAUGAAAGAGUGGACGACUUAAGUUGGACAGACCCCCCCCGGACAAUUGGUUGUCUUCAGAUGUGGUACUUCAUAUUAAGAUAACCAUCUUAUAUCUCCUCAGACACUUCUUGAGAAAUUACAGUAAAGGUGACUGUUUCGUAUGUAGAGUAAAUGAGCCUAAUCAAAGACGAAAAUGUCGAGAACUGGGGGAGGAUUAUUACUUAAGUAAACACUUCUAUCACAUCAUACCGUGAAAUCUGCACCGAGCACUUUCUACCAAGUAUUCAUUAAAUGUAUAUCACCUGAUGAAGAAAUCUAUAUCACCUGAUGAAGAUAGAGAGACCGUCAAACACGCGGUGGAGACUUUACUGUUGUAGCUCGAACCCUUGAAGAAUAUACUGAGCAGAUUCGAGGAGUUGGAAGAUUACAGACACAAGCUGGUGGUUGACGACGAAAAGCUGAGUCUGGUGGAGAAUUACCUCAGUCAUGGGGAAUGUGUUUAGAAAACUUAGGACUCGCCGACGCUGUACGUGGAUCGACAUUUUGGACAGAACCAUCAGAUACACACCUACCUCCGAUAAAGACGCAGAAGUUUCAAAAAUGUUACCGUAUUUUCACGACCGUAAGGCGCACUUGAAAGUCUUAAAUUUUCCCCAAAAUGGACGGGGCGCCUUAUGAUGCGGCUCGCCUUAUGUGUGCACCGAGUUCCAACAUCUAUAAAUGUUGUGUGAUGAGCGCUCCGCUGGACUGGUUUUUUAUGUAUUUAUUCGUUUUUGGGUGACUUUGUAUUGACCGCUUGACUGACUGACGGACGGAGCAUUUCCUGCCGACACGCUGCUUAUAGAGAGGAAAAGCGGACAGCAUGCGGACGUAAAGGGGGAAGGGUGCGUGAAGGAGGAUGCUAAAGCCACGCCCCCAGUAGGUAUAUAGCGCCGGGGUGUGCAUUGUGCAAAACAACACCGCUUUCGCUAACGACCCCCGAAAAUGGCACCUCCGAAGAGACACGCUUACGAAGCACAGUUUAAACUGCAAGCUGUCAGUUACGCGGAGGACCAUGGGGAUCGAGCAGCCGCGAGAGAAUCCAAGAUCAACGAAUCCAUGGUUCGCAAGUGGAGCAAGCAGGAAAACGAGUAUGAGUUUCCGCGGAUUUGUGGAUGAGGAUUGAUUAAAAACAAUAACGUGAGUACAUGGUUAAAUACUUCAAUAAAGUACAACCGAACUCAGUUUUGCUCCCGCUGCCUUUUUAAAACCAUUGUUUUAGCAUGCAUGCUACUGUAUGUUUUAAGAUAAUACGGUGCGCCUUAUGUAUGUGUUAAAUACAGAAAUAGACCCUGUAACUGAGCUGGCGCCUUUUAAUACGGUGCGCCCUAUGGUCGUGAAAAUACGGUGAUUACACAAAAAGUCAGGUGUCAACGUCAUCAUUCCAACAACCCUGGGAAUCGUUUGUAAGCCAAGUCAUAUCCGAGGGUGAUUCAUGUUUGAGACAUUGAAAAACAUUUUGGAAAGAUGGGAGGGUGAUAUCGGAGUAGGUCACCUGUUGGCUCUUUUCAGUUUGUCCAUCGAUAUCAUAAAACAACCACCCGGUGGAGAUACCCUAUGAACUGAAAGCUGCUUUAGAGUUAAAAGUCCAACCUACGGUCCGAACUGAGGCAUUUAUUUUUAUCAGGUCUUAGAACAUGUUUUUCAACACAGUCGUUAUUUUAUUAUUUGUUGAACUAUGACGCACGUUUCAUUAUUCUUAUGUAUCUUCUUUAAAACCUAUACAGGCUCAAACCUCUUUCGAACUUGUUUUGUACACUUCAUUUUGUGUGAGAACCAAUAAACAAAGCUGUGUCUA